UUAUAUGCAAGAUAUGCCACAAGGAAUUCGCAUAUCACCGCAGCACAUCGAGCCUUAAGUAUCACCUAAGUGCCAAACAUAUAGCAGCUAGCGUGGACGUAAGCCCGACUCCGAGUAGUUCGAGGACCCACACCCAACCCACACUCCACCAGAUGACUGGUUUAAGGACCAGGGUAACUAAGUCCACGUCUGAAAAAAUAACAAACGGCCUGGCUCACUGGAUUGCACUCGACUGUAGACCACUUGGAGUGGUUGAAGAUAAAGGCUUGCAAAAAGUACUACAGAUUGCGUCGUCUGACACAACAUACGAGCUGCCAUGCAGAAAGACAGUGACAAAAAGAGUCCAGCACCUUUAUGACACUGAAAAGGCAGAUAAAGAGAAUUUAUUGGAGAAAGCCGAGUGUGUUGCCCUGACUGGGGAUCAUUGGACCUCGGUAAGCAAUUCAAAUUACCUCGGUGUGACGGCACACUUUAUUGACGUCACGUGGCGUCUUCACUCAUUUGCCUUAACUAUUCAGAAAACCACCGCUAGGCACUUUGCUGAAAACGUGGCAGAAGAUUUUGAGUCUGUGGCAGAGGCAUGGGAAAUCACACAAAAAGUCACCACAAUCGGAACAGACAGUGCCCGAACGAUGAUGGCUGCAAUGAGACGGCUCACAUUCCAACACAUGCCGUGUGUUGCUCACGUGUUGCAGAGGACCAUCACAGUUUGCCUUGCUGACAGCGGGUUCACAGCCACAUUGGCAAAAUGUCGUAAAAUAGUGGGGCAUUUUAAACACAGCCCCUCAAACACAGAGGAACUGCACAAGGAGCAAACACAACUAGAACAAGACGAAGAGCCACUGAUACAGGAUGUUUCCACAAGGUGGAAUUCAACACUGUUUAUGAUCUCUCGUCUGCUGCGGAAUCAAGAGGCUGUGAAGCUUACUCUAGCCAAACAGAAGCACAAGCUCACCAUGUUAACAACAGCAGAGUGGGACAGACUGCAGAGGCUCGAGACCCUCCUUAAACCAUGCAGAUAUGUGACUGAGCUCCUUGGGGGGGAGACUUAUGUCUCGUGCUCUGUUGUGUUACCUGCUCUCCGCCACCUGACCCACAUCAUGGAGGUCUCAGAUGAUGACCCAGCCUAUGUGGUGAGGUUCAAGGGUGACUUUAAAAAGGACCUGUCUCAACGCCAAGAUACCCUCAAUCUUGGAUGGCUCAGGGUGGCUACAGCACUCGACCCCCGCUUUAAGGACCUAAAGUGUCUACCAAGAGGAGAGCGAGAAGGGGUGUGGACCAGCAUUGAGGCACUGCUGCGAAUAGAACCAAACAGAGCCACUCCAGAACCCACAGAGGAGCCAGCAAGGAAGAGGAGCCUCCUACUGUUUAAUUCAGACUCUGAAUCAGAGGAUGAAGAGAGGCACAACGUGGCUCUGGCUCGCUACAGGGCAGAGCCCACCAUCAGUGAGACAGACUGCCCUCUGCAGUGGUGGUCCACUCAUGAGGGAGCACAUCCACAGCUUUCUGCCCUGGCUCGCAAGUAUCUGGGCAGCCCUGCCACUUCUGUCCCUUGCGAGAGACUUUUCUCACAGGCAGGCAACAUUGUUCAAAAAAAAAGGGCAGCCUUGAGCUCUGAAAAUGUGAACAGGCUAGUGUGUCUCAGCAACUGGCUAAAAGAGAAGGAGAAGUAGUAGUCAUAGAUGUAUCCUGAGGCCAAUGGGGUUGUUGUUACUGAAAUGUUGAUUAAACAGUGGCCUAAGCAAAUGAGAGAUUUAUUUUUCAUCAGGAUAUUGGAAGAAUAGGGACUGAGGUCAAUCACUGGCACUUUAUUAUUUUAUUUUAAAUGGUACACUUUAUGUUGAACUAUGUAUUAUGUUGUUGGUGCAACUGGCACUUUAUUAUUUUAUUUUAAAUGGUACACUUUAUGUUGAACUAUGUAUUAUGUUGUUGGUGCAACUGGCACUUUAUGUUGAACUCUUUAUUGGUUUGGCCAAGUUUAUUGAGAGUUGGACUGAAAUUAACUUUAUUUUUUAACCAGCUGUUGGUAAAUCAACAAAGUCUGUUAUGGCCUCUGAAGCAACAGAGAGAUGUUUUCUAAUAGUCAGGGGUUCCAAUGUUCUGACUGAAUUUA